AUGACCGUGUUCAGGCAGGAAAACGUGGAUGAUUACUACGACACCGGCGAGGAACUUGGCAGUGGGCAGUUUGCAGUCGUGAAGAAAUGCCGUGAGAAAAGCACCGGUCUACAGUAUGCCGCCAAAUUCAUCAAGAAAAGGAGGACCAAAUCCAGCCGGCGGGGCGUGAGCCGCGAGGACAUCGAGCGGGAGGUCAGCAUCCUGAAGGAGAUCCAGCACCCCAACGUCAUCACCCUGCACGAGGUUUACGAGAACAAGACGGACGUCAUCCUGAUCCUGGAACUCGUUGCAGGUGGUGAGCUGUUUGACUUCUUAGCUGAAAAGGAAUCUCUGACUGAAGAGGAAGCAACUGAAUUUCUCAAACAAAUUCUUAAUGGUGUUUACUAUCUACACUCCCUUCAGAUUGCCCACUUUGAUCUUAAGCCCGAAAACAUAAUGCUUUUGGAUAGAAAUGUCCCCAAGCCUCGGAUCAAGAUCAUUGACUUUGGAUUGGCCCAUAAAAUUGACUUUGGAAAUGAAUUCAAAAAUAUAUUUGGGACACCAGAAUUUGUUGCUCCUGAGAUAGUCAACUAUGAACCUCUUGGUCUUGAGGCAGAUAUGUGGAGUAUUGGGGUAAUAACCUAUAUUCUCCUCAGUGGGGCCUCCCCCUUUCUCGGAGACACUAAGCAAGAAACAUUAGCGAACGUAUCUGCUGUCAACUACGAAUUUGAGGAAGAGUACUUCAGUAAUACGAGUGCCCUAGCCAAAGAUUUCAUAAGAAGACUCCUCGUCAAGGAUCCAAAGAAGAGAAUGACAAUUCAAGAUAGUUUGCAGCAUCCCUGGAUCAAGCCUAAAGAUACCCAACAAGCACUUAGUAGAAAAGCAUCAGCAGUAAACAUGGAGAAAUUCAAGAAGUUCGCAGCCCGGAAAAAAUGGAAACAAUCUGUUCGCUUGAUAUCACUGUGCCAAAGAUUAUCCAGGUCAUUCUUGUCCAGAAGUAACAUGAGUGUUGCCAGAAGCGAUGAUACUCUGGAUGAGGAAGACUCCUUUGUGAUGAAAGCUAUCAUCCAUGCCAUCAACGAUGACAAUGUCCCCGGCCUGCAGCACCUCCUGGGCUCCUUGUCCAGCUACGACGUUAACCAGCCCAACAAGCAUGGGACUCCUCCGUUACUUAUUGCUGCUGGCUGUGGGAAUAUUCAAAUACUACAGUUGCUCAUUAAGAGAGGCUCAAGAAUUGACAUCCAGGAUAAGGGUGGAUCCAAUGCCAUCUACUGGGCCUCUCGGCAUGGCCACGUGGAUACCUUGAAAUUUCUCAAUGAGAACAAAUGCCCUCUGGACGUUAAAGACAAGUCUGGAGAGACAGCCCUUCAUGUGGCAGCUCGCUACGGCCACGCUGACGUGGUUCAGUUACUGUGCAGCUUCGGCUCGAAUCCCAACUUCCAGGACAAGGAAGAAGAAACACCCCUUCACUCUGCUGCCUGGCAUGGCUAUUACUCUGUGGCCAAAGCCCUUUGUGAAGCCGGCUGCAACGUCAACAUGAAGAACAGAGAAGGCGAGACCCCCCUCCUGACAGCCUCUGCCAGGGGCUACCAAGACAUCGUGGAGUGUCUGGCUGAGCAUGGAGCCGACCUUAAUGCAUCCGACAAGGAUGGACACAUUGCUCUACAUCUUGCCGUGAGACGAUGUCAAAUGGAGGUCAUCCAGACUCUCAUCAGCCAGGGCUGUUCUGUCGAUUUCCAAGACAGGCAUGGCAACACCCCCCUCCAUGUGGCCUGUAAAGAUGGCAACGUGCCGAUUGUAGUGGCCCUCUGUGAAGCCAACUGCAAUUUGGAUCUCUCCAACAAGUAUGGACGGACGCCUCUGCACCUUGCCGCCAACAACGGGAUUCUGGACGUGGUCCGCUACCUGUGUCUGAUGGGCGCCAAUGUGGAAGCGCUGACCUCGGAUGGAAAGACAGCAGAAGAUCUUGCAAAAUCGGAACAGCAUGAACAUGUAGCUGGUCUCCUCACAAGACUCCGAAAGGACACGCACCGAGGACUCUUCAUCCAGCAGCUGCGACCCACACAGAACCUGCAGCCGAGAAUCAAGCUGAAGCUGUUCGGCCACUCGGGGUCUGGGAAGACCACUCUGGUGGAAUCUCUCAAGUGCGGGCUGCUGAGGAGUUUCUUCCGAAGACGCCGGCCCCGGCUCUCCUCCACCAACUCUGCCCGGUUCCCACCCUCGCCCCUGGCCUCCAAGCCGGCAGUGUCCGUGAGUAUCAACAACCUGUACCCCGGCUGUGAGAACGUGAGCGUCAGGAGCCGCAGCAUGAUGUUCGAGCCGGGCCUCACCAAGGGGGUGCUGGAGGUGUUCGGGGCCCCGUCCCACCACCCGCACUGCGCCACGGACGACCAGUCCACCAAGGCAAUCGACAUCCAGAAUGCCUAUUUGAACGGCAUUGGUGACUUCAGUGUAUGGGAGUUCUCUGGAAAUCCUGUCUACUUCUGCUGUUAUGACUAUUUUGCUGCAAACGAUCCCACGUCCAUCCAUGUCAUCGUUUUCAGUCUAGAAGAGCCCUAUGAGAUUCAGCUGAAUCAAGUGAUUUUCUGGCUUAGUUUCCUGAAGUCUCUUGUCCCAGUGGAAGAACCAAUAGCCUUUGGCGGCAAGCUGAAGAACCCACUCCGAGUUGUCGUGGUGGCCACCCAUGCUGACAUCGUGAACCUUCCUCGUCCAGCUGGAGGCGAGUUUGGAUAUGACAAAGAUACCUCGUUGCUGAAAGAGAUCAGGAACAGGUUUGGGAACGAUCUUCACAUUUCAAAUAAGCUCUUUGUUCUGGAUGCCGGGGCUUCUGGGUCUAAGGACAUGAAGGUACUUCGAAAUCACCUGCAAGAAAUACGGAGCCAGAUUGUUUCGGUCUGCCCUCCAAUGACUCACCUAUGUGAAAAGAUCAUCUCCACUUUGCCCUCCUGGAGGAAGCUUAACGGCCCCAACCAGCUGAUGUCACUGCAGCAGUUCGUGUAUGAUGUACAGGACCAGUUGAACCCCCUGGCCAGCGAGGGGGACCUCCGGCGCAUCGCCCAGCAGCUCCACAGUGCUGGCGAGAUCAACAUCAUGCAGAGCGAAACUGUCCAGGACGUACUGCUCCUGGAUCCCCGCUGGCUGUGCACCAAUGUUCUGGGGAAGCUGCUCUCGGUGGAGACCCCACGGGCCCUGCACCAUUACCGCGGCCGCUACACCACGGAGGACGUCCAGCGCCUGGUGCCCGACAGCGACGUGGAGGAGCUGCUGCAGAUCCUGGAUGCCAUGGACAUCUGCGCGCGGGACCUGAGCAGCGGGACCAUGGUGGACAUCCCCGCCCUGAUCAAGACUGACAACCUGCACCGCUCCUGGACGGACGAGGAGGACGAGGUGCGGGUCUACGGCGGCGUGCGUGUCGUCCCGGUGGAGCACCUCACCCCCUUCCCGUGUGGCAUCUUCCACAAGGUGCAGGUGAACCUGUGCCGGUGGAUCCACCAGCAGAGCGCGGAGGGAGACGCGGACAUUCGCCUGUGGGUGAACGGCUGCAAGAUCGCCAACCGCGGGGCCGAGCUGCUGGUGCUCCUGGUCAACCACGGCCAGGGCAUAGAGGUGCAGGCGCGCGGGCUGGAGACGGAGAAGGUCAAGUGCUGCUUCUUGCUGGACUCGGUAUGCAGCACCGUCGAGAGCGUCAUGGCUGCCACGCUGCCCGGGCUGCUGACGGUGAAGCACUACCUGAGCCCCCAGCAGCUGCGAGAGCACCACGAGCCCGUCAUGGUCUACCAGCCACGGGAUUUCUUCCGGGCGCAGACCCUCAAGGAGACCUCGCUGACCAACACCAUGGGCGGCUACAAGGAGAGCUUCAGCAGCAUCAUGUGCUUCGGCUGUCACGAUGUCUACUCGCAGGCCAGCCUGGGCAUGGACAUCCACGCGUCAGAUCUGAGCCUCCUGACCCGGAGGAAACUCAGCCGACUGCUGGACCCACCCGACCCCAUGGGGAAGGACUGGUGCCUCCUUGCCAUGAACUUGGGCCUCCCUGACCUUGUGGCCAAGUACAACACCAAUCACGGGUCUCCCAAGGAGUUCGUCCCGAGCCCAGCCCACGCCCUGCUCCGGGAAUGGACUUCCUACCCCGAGAGCACUGUCGGCAUCCUCAUGUCCAAACUGCGGGAGCUGGGGCGUCGGGACGCAGCGGACUUCCUGCUGAAGGCGUCCUCUGUGUUCAAAAUCAACCUCGACGGCAACGGCCAGGAGGCCUACGCCUCAAGCUGCAACAGUGGCGCAUCUCACAAUUCCAUUAGCUCGGUCGUGUCCCGGUGA